AUGGUGUUUGGGGUGCGAUUCUCCCUCCCGGAAUUUAAGCUUGUACCUAACUCCACGCGUUUGCUUAUCGGCGCCUAUUGGCUCUUCACGAUAAUCAUUACAUCUUGCUACACCGGAUCGAUCAUAGCGUUUGUGACAUUGCCGGCGUUUCCAGAUACGGUUGACUCUGUCUUAGAUUUGCUCGGCCUCUUCUUUCGCGUUGGCACGCUGGACAACGGAGGCUGGGAGACAUGGUUUCAAAAUUCCACACACAUUCCCACGUCACGGCUUUACAGGAAAAUGGAGUUCGUAGGGAGUCUGGAAGAAGGCAUCGGAAACGUCACGCAAAGUUUCUUUUGGAACUACGCAUUUCUUGGAUCAAAAGCUCAGCUUGAAUACUUGGUCCAAUCGAAUUUCUCGGAUGAAAAUAUAUCGCGGCGUUCGGCACUUCAUCUGAGCGAAGAGUGUUUCGCUCUCUUCCAAAUUGGUUUCCUGUUUCCUCGAGAAUCUGUGUACAAGCGAAAGAUCGACUCUAUGAUUUUGCUGGCCCAGCAAAGCGGACUUAUUAGCAAAAUCAACAAUGAGGUAAGCUGGGUCAUGCAGCGUUCAACAUCAGGUCGCUUGCUGCAGGCCAGUUCGUCCAGCUCCCUGCGAGAAAUCAUCCAGGAGGAACGCCAGCUGACCACCGCGGACACAGAGGGGAUGUUUCUCCUAAUGGCACUGGGAUACUUUCUGGGCGGAACUGCCCUGGUAUCCGAAAUCGUAGGAGGAAUCACCAACAAGUGCCGGCAAAUCAUCAAACGUUCUCGGAAGUCAGCCUCCAGCUCGUGGUCCUCCCAAAAGAGUUCCGCACUUGGCCCAGGUGGAGAGCGUACAUCUGCCCAGAAAAUAGAGCACGACGAACGCAAGGCGGCGCAUCGUGACGCGGCAGACGAUGGCCAGAAGAUGAGUUUCGGAAUGCGGGAACUUAAUUUGACGCGCACAACGUUUCGUGAAUUAUAUGGGAAUUACAGCAGAGCAGAUCAGCAGCAAAGCUGUGGCCACAAGCCUUCGGAUCUCGUGCAGUCCCACGAGCACACCGCCCAGAACGAAUCUCUGGAUUGUUUGGAUGAGUUAAUAGCUCAUUUGGAGAAGGCCGAAGCUCAAAGUGACCCUUCUUCAGCUCAGCAGUUUUUUCCUGACGAAUAUUUUGGUGCAAACACCGAACACGCGAGCGUCGAAUGUUUUGGUCCAAACACAGAACAAUCAAGCGACACAACACAGAAGUAAAUAAUCAAAAUGGCGUAUUUUACCGAAAUGC